UAGAGAGAUGAGUACUGCAUCCGGGGCACGAUUUCGCCUAUUGUCUGGGUUACGGAAUUGGCCUAGGGGAUCGCGCAGCCUCGCAUUCAGCCCUAGCGCGGUUGCGGUCUGAAGGGAGCGAAGCUCCCUGCCGGGUACAGGCGGUUUUCUGUAUCCCCGGGAGCAGCUGCUCGGAUUCAGUGAUGGAUCGUAGCUCGAAGAGGCGGCAGGUGAAGCCUUUGGCAGCUUCCCUGCUGGAAGCUUUAGAUUAUGACAGUUCAGAUGACAGUGACUUUAAGGUUGGAGAUGCUUCAGAUUCUGAAGGCAGUGGACAUGGCAGUGAAGAUGGAUCAAAGGAUAGCGGAGAAGGUUCCUGUAGUGAAUCAGAAGAAAACAUAUUGGAGGAAGAGCUGGCAGAAGAAGAGGAAGAAGAAAAAAAACCAGAGGAAAAACUUAAAAAUUCAGGUGGAGAAGAACUGCCACUAACAGAGAAAAAGACUAUUAAAACUGAGAAAAAAGAAGAGGAGGAGGAGGAGGAAGAUAGAGAAGCAGAUGAGAAGGCAAAAAAGAAAAAGGAGAAAGAAAAAGAGGGAGAGAAACCCAAUGAAGGAGAUGCUGGUGUUGAUGAGCACACAAAUGAGCCGAAAAAGUGGAACCUGAGAAGAAAUCGCCCUCUCUUAGAUUUUGUAUCUAUGGAAGAACUAAAUGAUAUAGAUGAUUAUGAUAGUGAAGAUGACAAUGAUUGGCGCCCAACUGCAGGGAAAAAGAAAGGGAAAAACACAUUACGCAGAGAAGGAAGUGAUGGUGACAAUGAGGAUGAUGAAGAUGAUGGGAGUGGAAGUGAUGAGGAUGACAAUGAAGAGGAAGGCAAUGAUGAUGAAGAUAGCAGUGCUGCUAGCGAUGGGGAAUCCAAGAAGAAAAAAAACAAAGCUCUUAGCAGAAAUAGUGUUGAGGAGGAGGAGCUGACAAAUGAUAGCCUGGCUCUUUCACAAAGCAAGAGCAAUGAGGACUCGCUGAUUCUUGAAAAAUCUCAGAAUUGGAGCUCCCAGAAAAUGGACCAUAUUAUGAUUUGUUGUGUUUGCCUUGGAGAUAAUAGUGAAGAUGCUGAUGAAAUAAUUCAGUGUGACAAUUGUGGAAUAACAGUACAUGAAGGUUGUUAUGGUGUUGAUGGUGAAAGUGAUUCUAUUAUGAGUUCUGCUUCAGAAAAUUCCACUGAACCAUGGUUCUGUGAUGCUUGCAAAUGCGGAGUCUCUCCAAGCUGUGAACUUUGUCCCAAUCAAGAUGGAAUCUUUAAGGAGACAGAUGCUGGCAGAUGGGUCCAUAUUGUUUGUGCACUUUAUGUUCCCGGAGUGGCAUUUGGAGAUAUUGACAAAUUGCGACCAGUAACACUUACAGAAAUGAACUAUUCCAAGUAUGGUGCAAAGGAAUGUAGCUUCUGUGAAGAUCCUCGUUUUGCCAGAACUGGUGUUUGCAUUAGCUGUGAUGCUGGAAUGUGUAGAGCUUAUUUCCAUGUGACCUGUGCUCAGAAAGAAGGCCUAUUGUCAGAAGCUGCCGCAGAGGAAGAUAUUGCAGAUCCUUUUUUUGCUUACUGUAAACAACAUGCAGACAGAAUGGAUAGAAAAUGGAAGCGUAAGAACUAUUUGGCUUUACAGUCCUACUGUAAAAUGUCUUUGCAAGAAAAACAACUUUCACCUGAAGCUCAGGCUCGGAUUAAUGCCAGACUUCAGCAAUACCGGGCUAAAGCAGAAUUAGCACGCACCACAAGACCACAGGCAUGGGUUCCAAGAGAAAAACUGCCACGGCCACUCACUAGCAGUGCUUCAGCAAUACGUAAGCUUAUGCGUAAAGCUGAAUUAAUGGGCAUUAGUACAGACAUCUUUCCUGUUGAUACUUCAGAUACCAGUUCCAGUGUGGAUGGAAGACGAAAGCAUAAACAGCCAGCAUUGACUGCUGAUUUUGUGAAUUAUUAUCUUGAGAGGAACAUGCGCAUGAUUCAGAUUCAGGAGAAUAUGGCAGAACAGAAGACAAUUAAGGAUAAGCUGGAGAAUGAACAAGAAAAACUUCAUAUAGAAUACAACAAGUUGUGUGAAUCUUUAGAAGACCUUCAAAAUAUGAAUUCAAAGCUGCGAAAUGAAGGGCAGGGAAUGUGGGCUCUCCUAGGAAGAAUUAUUGGACAGAAACUAAAUAUACCAGCAAUUUUGCGAGCACCCAAGGAGAGAAAGCCCAGUAAAAAGGAAGGUGGAACUCAUAAGACUACAACCCUUCCAGCAGUACUUUAUAGUUGUGGGAUUUGCAAGAAGAACCAUGAUCAGCACCUCCUUUUGCUGUGUGAUACUUGUAAACUCCAUUAUCACCUUGGAUGUCUGGACCCUCCACUUUCAAGGAUGCCAAGGAAGACUAAAAACAGUUACUGGCAAUGUUCAGAAUGCGACCAAGCAGGUAGCAGUGACAUGGAAGCAGACAUUGCCAUGGAAACUUUACCAGAUGGAACUAAGCGAUCAAGGAGGCAGAUUAAGGAGCCAGUAAAAUUUGUUCCACAGGAUGUACCUCCAGAACCAAAGAAGAUUCCUAUCAGAAACACGAGAACUAGAGGACGAAAACGAAGCUAUCUUCCAGAGGAAGAAAAACCUGAGGAACGGAUUCCAAGAGAAAGAAGACAAAGACAAUCUGUCGUACAAAAGAAGCCAAAAUCUGAGGACUUAAGAACAGAAUGUGCUACAUGUAAAGGAACUGGAGACAAUGAAAAUCUAGUCAGAUGUGAUGAAUGCAGAUUAUGCUAUCAUUUUGGUUGUUUGGAUCCUCCCUUGAAAAAAUCUCCAAAACAAACUGGCUAUGGGUGGAUUUGUCAAGAAUGUGAUUCUUCCUCAUCUAAAGGUGAAGUGGAUGGAAUGAAAAACAAGUAUCAGGAGGAUGAAAAUGAAGCUGAAGGAAAACAUCCCUCUCAAGAGAUAAACAUGGAACAGAAAAAUUCCAAAAAAUAGAAAUAUCAUUCCUCUUUGAAACAUGUUUUCAAAAAAUUAAAUGUCAUUCCUCUUUUAAAUGUGUUAAGUAGUAUCCAAGUGAUUAAUGUGUCUCAUUGUAAAAAUUAUAGAACAUUCCCAAUAAAAGACAUUGGAAAUUAAAAUGUAUCUUACUCUGAGGAAUUGUUUAAAUGACUCUUUAUAAUAUUUAUGAUUAAUAAAUCAUGAUUUUUUUAUUUCUCUGUCAUACACACACACACAAUAUAAAAGCAUUAGAAUUAUGUGCAGUAUAAUCUUUGUCAUUUUUUUGAGAUACAAAUUUAUUGAAAUUCUUCAUUGUGUUAUUUAAGGUAAAUGGUGAAAGACUCAGUAGCAUUCAGAAUGUAUCCCAUAUCCCACAGCAUUUCUAUGUGGUUAGUAAUUAAUUUUGGUAGUUACAAAUUUUAAUAAUUAGGUAACUAUAUAUAACUUUUUUCUGAAUUGAAAUAAUUGUAGACAUCACAUUAUUUCAAUAAUAAAAUAUAAUUCUUUGCAUCCCGUCUGAGUAAUUCAUGUAUUUAGCAAACCAUGUUGGGUUAGCUCAAAAUAAAAAUUCAGCUGUUGUUUGUUAAAUGAUAGUUUAUAACUUUAUAUUUGCUUAAUAAAGCAUAACUAAAACUAACCAAAGG